AUGGCUGAAGAUACUGAAGAUACACCCCCAGCACGCAACCAAGCUCUGCAUCGCUGGAGGGCACGGGAUAUCCUCCAGCCACUUCAUAACAGCAUUCCUGCAGAACUGCUGUAUCGGUUUGACCCUGACUACAUCAUUUUCUACAACAAGCACAACGCGGGCCGUCUGCAUACCCAUGAAGUACCCAUCGAAGAGUUCCGAAAGAACCCAGCCCGCUACACGAUCUCCUAUGGGCGUGACCGUGGCCCGGAUGUCUAUUGCAUCUCAGAGAAAAAGUGUCCAGUGGAGGGAGGAGAGAUCACCAUUCGAAUCUUUGAACCGGAGCCCAAGAAAGAUGAGCACGGCCAGCCACAGAAGAGAGCGGCCUAUGUGAACUUCCACGGAGGUGGAUGGGUGUUCGGAGGCCUGGAGGUCGAUCACGACUUUUGCAAAAUGAUUGUUCAUCGCCUUGAUGGAGACCUUGUUGCAUUCGACGUGGACUAUCGGCUUGCACCUGAGCAUCGCUUUCCGAUUCCCUUGGACGACUGCUGGGCUGCAUUCAACUGGAUUCGUUCCCAGAAAGCAGAAGAGUUCAAUCUUGACCCUGACCGAUUCGCCGUGGGCGGUGCAUCUGCUGGAGGCAAUAUGGCCGCGGUUUUGGCUCAUUUCUGUCGCGAUGCGGGUAUCCCUCUACGGCUUCAGAUAUUGACCGUUCCCAUCUGCGAUUUUAAUAGCACCUUUACCGCCGAGGGUCAAUUCGAUCGUGCAGGCUCCCCGUACGAUUCGUACCGGGAGAUGGAGUUCACGGCAGCCCUUCCAGCUGCGCGAAUGGCGUACUUUCACCGGCAUUACCUCGGAGUGCCUCGACCAGCACCGUCUGCAGAUGACUGGAAGAUUUCGCCCUUUCUUGCACCAAACUUUGCGAACCUGGCUCCGGCACUAGUGUCAACAGCGGAGCUGGAUCCUUUGUGCGACGAAGGCGAGCUUUACGCCUACAAGCUCAAGUCUGCCGGUAAUCGAGUCGAUAUCAACCAGUUUCGUCGCGUUCCGCACACAUUUGCUGUAUUGGAUGGGAUCUUGGACAGCGGGCUUGAGUACAAUGUCCUUGUGGUCGCUGCGCUGAAGCGGGAGCUUCUAGCGUAG